CUCUGUUAAUGAUUUGUGAUUAACUCGUUCAUCCACAUUUAUUUCAUAACAGAAAAUGAAACUAAAGUUAGAUAAUAAUAUGUAGUAUGUAGUCUUAUGACUCUUAUCAUGCUAGGUAUGUACAUGUCUUUUUUUUUUUGAAAAAGCAUUCAUAAAUCACGGCAAGACCACAUUUACAUGUCAAAACGAAUUCUCAAGAAAGUGAAAACGCUUACAUAUAAUCGGAUUAGAAAAAAAAAACUGAAGGGCAUUAAUAAGUGGAUCCUCACUUUCUCAGUGAGUUAAAAACCUACAACUUGGUAGUAUGAUUAAGAUACAUUCAAUGUAAUAGGAAAGACAGCGUCCAAGUUUGAAAAAUAUACACUACGAUCCAACUCUUAUUGGUCACUGGAUUGGAAUAUCAAAUAUAGCCUCUCGUUUUAUACAAAUACACCUACAUGUGGAUAACACAAAAACAAGAACAGGAGAGGAACCACACAUAAUUAGAAAAAUUGCAACUAGUUUAAGUCAAUGUGUAUAAUUAUUCUUUUAGUCAUGUAUUGACAUUUCCUAUGGGAGAGACGUGCAACGCGUUCGGUUGACUGACUUAGCCUUUAACCAAAAGUCAUCUCUAUUAUUAUACUCUAUAAGUUGUGUUCCUCCCAAGUAACAAUCUCAAACACACACCAAAAAAAAACGAUGGGAAAGCCAACAGCACAAAACAAUAGCUUUAUAAAUCACUUCAGCCACCCACAUCCCCUUCAGUUAAUCCCGCCGACAUCAUCACCACCGUGCUCCGCUUGCAAACUUACCGGAGGAAACGGCCGGGUUUACUCAUGUAGGCCAUGCAACUUCUCUCUCCAUGAGUCAUGCAGCAAGAUGAAGCAGGUAAUCGCCCAUCCCUCUCACCCUUCUCACAAGCUCACCCUUCUGGCGGCUCCAGUCUAUGAUGGUGGAUACUUCAACUGCGAUGGUUGUGGCGUCAACGGAACUGGUUUUAGCUACCAAUGCUCUCUUUGCGACUUUGACGUCCACGCGCUAUGCGCUUACAAGCCGCUCUCGAUCGUCCACAAGUCUCAUCCGCAACAUAGCCUUAAACUCGCGUUUCAUUCUCCCUACGGAGCUGACAAGGGAUUCUCCUGCGACAUAUGCCUUAAGAUUGGGAAGAACCAAUGGCUCUAUCGAUGCAUCCCUUGCGAAUUCGAUGCUCAUAUCGGUUGCAUCAAUGCUCACCAUCCACACCUCCUUCCGCAUAGUAGUUCUGCACCUACUCCUCUUGCUCAUCAUGCUGGUCACCCUCAUCAUCCUAUGCCUAAUCAAGGCAACAAUAGGCUCAGACCCGGGCACAUGAAUAGGCCUGGGAAUAAUCCUACCAGGCCUAAUAGGCCCGUUUGUCAUCCCGGUAGACCGAUGGGUCAAAACGCUGCUGUUUAUGGACCAAGAAGACAGAACAACAACUUGGGUUAUAAUGGUCGGAUUGGGCCUAUUACAGCAAGUGAUGUUAUUGGUCAAGCAGUAGGACAGAGUUUUGACCAAGGGUCAAUGGAAGGGAGUGUGUUCGAUGGUAGUGCGGUGGACGAAGAGUUUGAUGGUGAAGUCGACGUUGAGAUUGAUUAUGAAGCUAAUGGGUACGAUGGUAAUGAAGAUGGAGAGGCUUAUAACGAGGAACAAGACGUUGAUGGUAACGACCUUGAAAUUGUGGCUUAUGGUGAUACCAAUGACGUUGCGUAUAGCGAGAGUGAAUUUGGUGGCAGCAGUGAUGCUCGUAGCCAGUCUAAUGAUUUGUCUGAACCGGCUGAUCUUUAUCCACUUUCGGUUCGUACGAACCGAGGGCCAGGUGGUGGUAGGAAGCAAAACUCGAGUCCUAAUAGUUCCGCCUCAGCUCGGUCGAAGAACAUGGGCCGUAAUGGGCGUGGAGGUAGGCUUCAAGGGCCUAAGAAUCCAAUCGAGAAUCCUAGAGGGCCUCAGAUUAGAAGGUUGCCCAAUAAUGCAAUAAGAGCCGGGGGACCUAAUAGGCCUCGUGAUCUAGCUGCAUUCAAUGGACCUCAAGGAUUUAAUGGGCCUAGUGGUGGACCCUCCAAUGUAACUGACAAUGGUGGCUACAACGAAGUCGAUGGAAAUGAGAUGUAUGAUGGUGAAUAUGGUGACACUUAUGGUGACGAAGGCGAUUGUGACUUCGAAGCUGGAGGUGACUUUGUGGACGAUGGAUAUGAUGAUCAAGCAUAUGAUGAAACUUAUGGUGAAAAUGAUUUUGAAUGCUACAGCGAUAUCACCGGAGGAAGUGAGUCUAUGUAUAAUGAGGAUGAGUAUUAUGAUGAGACUAUGGAUAAUUCACAAUAUAGUGGUUUAAAUGAUGAACCUAAUAACCAGUUUUCAUCCAUGGUUGGACCGGGUGGUAGACCGGGAAUGAAUAACCAGAACCAAUAUGGUCAGAGAAGAAUGGGCAGGUAUGGUCGUGGUGGUACUCAGCCAAGAAAUAUGGGUAGACCAGUCCAACGUAGGCCGAAUGGAGGAUCCAACAGACCUAAUGCGCCAAACAGAAACACAGCGAUGAAUGCAGUGGUGCAGGGUUUGUGUCAAGGCUUGGCAAAUAACAUGCUCGAUGUUAGUGACGUUAACAGUGGAGUAGAUGACAGCGGUGGAUUAUCCGGCAUGGGAGACAUGCUAGGUGGUGAAUUAGACUUUGGAUUCUGAAGGAGAUGGAGAAUAUUAUUGGACUUUAAAAAAAAUCAGAAUUAAGUUUUCUCUUUAUAUAUUUUCCAAAUUUGUAUUGUAUUUUUCUGGUUUUUACUUCAUCUUUUUAUUUUUCUCUACGUGUUUGGAAACUGUUACAUCCUUUUCUUGUAUUCUUUUUUUUCUUCCUGUAUUAAUGUAUUCUCUCUAUAUCCUUCUUUGUCA